GUGCCAUCUUGAAUAUAGUAACUCGUUCGACCCGCGCGGUCCCGGUCAGUUUCGUGCAUCCAAUAUGGCUGGUCGAGGUGGUUACGAAGAUUCAAGAGAUUAUGGUGGUGGAUAUCGCAGAAAUGGAAAACCAUUGCCAACUGAACCACCUUAUACUGCGUUUGUGGGAAAUUUGCCAAAUGGAGUUGUUCAAGGAGAUGUGGAUAAAAUCUUUAAUGAACUUAAUGUUAAAGGAAUCAGAUUGGUUAAAGAUAAAGAAACUGAUAGGUUUAAGGGCUUUUGUUAUGUCGAGUUUGAAGAUUUAAAAGAUUUAAAAGCUGCAUUAGAAAAAGAUGGUGCAGUAGAAAUUGAUGGUAGUGUCAUUAAAAUAGAUGUAGCAGAGGGUAAAAGAAAUGAUCGUGGAAGUGGUUUUGAUAGAAGAAAUCGUACUGGAGGCACUACUGGAGGUGGUUUUAGAGGAAGAGAUAGUGGUCGUAGUGGAUAUGGUGAUGAUUAUGGAGGUUACAGUGAUAGAGGUCAACAUGGUGGUCGACAGAGUAAUUCUUGGGACAUGAGAGGUAGUCGAGGCAGUACCAACAGUCAGUUUAAUGAUGACACAAGUGGAGGAAGUCGAGAUUGGCCUCGAGGUGGUGUGCCACCACCUAGUGGAUAUGGCACCAGGCCACCCACUCGUGUAAGAGGAACUGAGCGAAAACCAUUUCCUGAUGAAAUGUAUAAUAAAGAUCCACCUCCAGACACAACUGGAAGAAAACGUUUGGUGUUAGCACCAAGGACAAUUCAAACACCUGUCAAUGCAGUUGCUGAAUCAAGUAAAUCAAGUUCAAUAUAUGGUGGUGCAAAACCUCGAGAAGAGAAACUUAAAACUUAUGACAAGUAAAAAUAUUAUUAUGUUUAAUAGUUUCUGAUCCCUUAAUUAGAGGGGAUGGAACUUCCCUAACAAAGAUUUGGAAACCAAUGCGAGAUUUUUUAGUUUCCUCACAGACAAUGGGAAGAAUCUCUUCAAAGCUGAAAUAAUGAAAUUAUGAUCAUUUUUAUUUACCCCUUAUGGGGUGUGUCUUCCCCCAAAAUUCGUAACGACAAAAGGUGAUUUGAUGAAACUCUCAGUUUCUACGCAUUUGACACUUUUAAUUAUGAAUAAAAUUUUCUUGUCUAAUGCCCUCUCUAUUUACAUUAACUUCUUAGUUAAAACGAAAUGUAAUAGUAAAUUGGGAAUUCGAAGUAAACACUGUGUGCACAAUGCAUGCUUCAAUAGUGUUGGUAUUUAUAUAUAUAUAUAAAUAUUAUAUAUAAAUAAGUAUAUAUAUAUGUAAAUCAUAAUUGUUGAGAUGACACAAGUUUUGUAUCAAUUUGUAAUAAUACUGAGGGUAUAUGUACAAACUAUUAAAAAUAUAUACUGUCAUUGCAUGUGUA